UCUUCUUUUUUAUUUUCUUUUUGUUUCCUGAGCCCACGCCUUCGACCAUCUCCGUUUGGUUCCGUCGACUUCAGUCAACUUUGGCGAAAGCUGGAUUGGCCACCCACGCUCUUGUCAACGUACUCAGUCGAUAUAUUGGUUUCGAAUGCUUGGCAUACGCUUGGUCUCGAACUUGGUCGUUACGGUCGCUUCUGGUCUUUUGGCUCAACGUGGUUUCGUCCUUCGUCUGCAGCGUUUAUGGUCCGGACCCGUACGAACGCCCUCUUCAGAUUCUGGAUACAAACCACUCUCGUGUAGCAUGCCAACUCAAGCAACAAAUACAGCACAUCGCUCCUGGUACCGUUCUCCGAAAACGACCUUCGUUGGUAACUCGGCGAUCAACGAUCGCUUUCCUGUUCGCCAAUUCUUCCGUCCUACAAUCGCUCGUCAGCCGGUCAGUCCCACGAUUUAAACCGCUAUUUAUCGAAAGUGUAAACCCUUUCUAGCGGGGGCUCCUGUAGUGACUCACAUUUAUCACGAGAACACGACUGGUUUAAUAGAAACAAUUAUUAUUAUAACCAACUGUACCAGUGUUUGUUUUAACGUGCUUUUGUUUAACUGUGCUAAUGACAGCUAUUUUGUGCUUCCAUUCUUAUACUUACACUUUGACUGUAACUUCGCACGGAUUCGGUUACCUUCUGUAACCAAGGUUGUAUCCUGGCACGAUCUCGGUAUCCUUUCGAUGCCACGAGAUCGCCAGCUAAUAAACCUCGACUUGGUCCGUUAAUUGCCUUCUGAUAUUUGACUUCUCGGAGAUUUUAUGGGUUUCUUUGGUUACGUUCAACCCUCGCCCUCUGAUUUAUUUGGCACGUGUUUCUUGGUAGCGGUGUUCAUAGUUAACCUCGACUCGACACCACGCUACAAUUGGUGAUCCCAAAGUUUGGAACACGCCUCAAACUCUGGUCAAAUCUUCCAAAGAAGCCAAUUCGGUGAGUCUAUGAUUUAUCUAUCCACGUCUGUCGUAUAUUUUCAUAUUUUUUAAUAUACAAUAUACGCGACAUGACGGAUAACGAUAAGAAUAGUAUUAAUAUAAUAAACUCCCAUUCAUGUGUACCGAACUCUUGUUACUUUUUAUUCGCGUGACGAUGAAUUCCACGCUUUAUUCGAGAAAAUUUCCCCUAUUAACUAUUCUCCUCGCUGACCCGGCUGCUUGGUACGGAAUGCAUUCGCAUACGCAUUAACGUCUACCUCCCAGCAUCAAAUGGUUAAGUUGAACGGUUUCAUUGCCAACUUAAAAGUGCUCUACGAGCACACGAGAACGACAACUGGUACGAAACCUUAUCGCUCGUCCUCUUAGGUAUUCGAACGAGCUUAAAGGCAGAUAUCCAAUGUUCCGCCACUGAACUUGUAUACGGCACGACAUUGCGUCUGUCCGGAGAAUUCUUCACACCACGGAGCAGACCUAAUUUCGGUAAAUCAGACUACGUCCAUCGACUGUCUGCAUUUAUGCGAACGCUGUCUCCGGUGUCAACUCGAAUACAACAUCGACAGGACGCUCUCCCUCGAGAGUUAUCUACCUGUUCACAUGUUUUUGUACGAGUAGAUUCGGUACGCAAACCUUGGCAACAACCUUACGAAGGCCCUUUUCACGUGAUCGCUCGUCACGAAAAGACCUUCAAGGUUGAUCGAUAUGGACGCGUCGAGAUCGUCAGCAUUGAUCGUCUCAAACCAGCACACGUCGAUGACAGUGCCCUAUCUGACACCCUGAGAUUCAAUGCUAGACCUACCAAACCUAGCGGGAUCCUUAAAUCUUCUUCAGGUCCCACGCUAGAUGCAUCUGAGACCUCAUUCUCACGUCCCGGUCAACAGCACGCGUCAUCUGCACCGUCUACGGACGAGACGACAGUCUCACGUCCAGAUCAGCAGACCACGCCGCCUCUGACCUCGGAUGAGAUUGCAGGCUCACGAAAUACGAACGAGACUGCCGUCUCACGUUCCGGUCGCCGAGUACGGUUACCCGUACGCUUCCGCGACUAGCCGCACAGUCAACAACCGAUACGGUGUAGGGUUAUUCCUAUACUACACGCAUGCUACACUCUUCUUUUUUAUUUUCUUUUUGUUUCCUGAGCCCACGCCUUCGACCAUCUCCGUUUGGUUCCGUCGACUUCAGUCAACUUUGGCGAAAGCUGGAUUGGCCACCCACGCUCUUGUCAACGUACUCAGUCGAUAUAUUGGUUUCGAAUGCUUGGCAUACGCUUGGUCUCGAACUUGGUCGUUACGGUCGCUUCUGGUCUUUUGGCUCAACGUGGUUUCGUCCUUCGUCUGCAGCGUUUAUGGUCCGGACCCGUACGAACGCCCUCUUCAGAUUCUGGAUACAAACCACUCUCGUGUAGCAUGCCAACUCAAGCAACAAAUACAGCACAUCGCUCCUGGUACCGUUCUCCGAAAACGACCUUCGUUGGUAACUCGGCGAUCAACGAUCGCUUUCCUGUUCGCCAAUUCUUCCGUCCUACAAUCGCUCGUCAGCCGGUCAGUCCCACGAUUUAAACCGCUAUUUAUCGAAAGUGUAAACCCUUUCUAGCGGGGGCUCCUGUAGUGACUCACAUUUAUCACGAGAACACGACUGGUUUAAUAGAAACAAUUAUUAUUAUAACCAACUGUACCAGUGUUUGUUUUAACGUGCUUUUGUUUAACUGUGCUAAUGACAGCUAUUUUGUGCUUCCAUUCUUAUACUUACACUUUGACUGUAACUUCGCACGGAUUCGGUUACCUUCUGUAACCAAGGUUGUAUCCUGGCACGAUCUCGGUAUCCUUUCGAUGCCACGAGAUCGCCAGCUAAUAAACCUCGACUUGGUC